AAUUAAAGAAUACUGUCGACGGAAGCGUUAACAACACCGCUUCUGGUGGAGGAGCAUCUAAUUCAAAUCCCGUGGCAACAAGCGUCCCACUCAGUUCAAAGAUCCAGAAUACUUCAACAGUUGCCGGUAACGAAACAACAAACAAUAAAUGUCUGGAGUCCACCAGCAAAAGAAGGGAUAACGAUGGUGCUUCAAUUUCCAGUUCGACUUCAACCAAACCCCUCGCAGAGAAGUUUCUUUAGCAAAAAAUUAUGGGCUUUCUAUCCACAGCCCAAGAAGCCUCCUCCGCGGAAUUAUCAAGUAUAGGUAUUUCAAAAAAUAUGUGCGAAAAUAGUAAUAAUAGACAGAUAGGAAAAGACAAACAUCAGAUUAACGAAACAAAUUCAAAUGGAUUCAUUGUCACUGGAAAUAAACCAAUCAAAAGCGCUGCUCCAACACUACCAAUGCUUUCCCCCCAUUCGCCAAUUCAUCCAAAUUUCCAUCCAACUAAUCAGAAUAAUAAACUUUCCGGUCGAUAUAUAAAUAACAAAGUACCACCACCACCACAACCCCCACAUAAAGAUGUGAAAGAAGUAUAUCAGAAAAACGCCGCAGCUGUGUGCAGCUGCGAUAAAGUAAAUGCAUCUAAUGGGUCCGAUUCAAAGAAGACUAAUUCCACGAAUAAAUCGAUUUCAAAAACACAUCAUCCAUCAAAACAUGACACUGAACUGUAUUCCAUUCCAUCGAAUCGCACAAGAAACAAUCUAUAUGAAGUCGCAAAUGGAUCUGAGGACACAACUACAUCAAAUAGUGGCGUUAAAAAGAAAAUUAAAUCUCCAUUUCAUCAAAAAAAUCAUUUUCAGCAAGCAAUUAUUGUUUCCGACGAACACGAAAAUAAUACUUCCGUUAAUCUUGGAAUGCCCAUUAGUGGUCAGUGCUCCAGGGACUUAGACAAUCAUAUUAAUCGACAACAAACAUUUACCAUUAGCAAAUCGGAGCAAACUUCACCAAAUAAUUUGGAUGUGAACAAAACAAAUUUUUCAUAUGAUAAAACAAAUAGAAGUACCGGCUGCUUAGCAUAUCCGACGGAUCCGUGGAUUAAGAAAAAAGAAACCCGAUUGGGUAGCAUCGCUAAAUUGGAAAAAAAUAUAAGUUUACCAUGUAGUAUUGAUCCCUGGGUCAAACGUCAAUCUUCUGAGGGCCCUUUGGAAACAUCACAAGCUCAGAGGAAAAGCCGAUUUCAACAAAUAAAAUCUAUUUCUUCCAGAAAAAUCGAACUUUAUUCCGUAUCAUAUGAUAAAUCAUACUUUUUGGAACCACAACAUAAACAGGCUGGUGGCGAGCUGAGCACAAUGUUAUCCGCUCCAUCUUCCCCACAAUAUUUAAACGCGCCAGAUAACAUAUUUAUGGCAACAAAUCUAAUAUCAAAACAGGAUUCCCAAGUUAAAUCAGCGAGUUUUUCACCCGGUAGACGAAAGGAAUUUCAAAAUCCAUUUACAGAGCCUAAACAUGAAGCACCACCAGGCAUAAAUCCAAUUAAAUCCAAUGUUUAUCAUGACAAUCCGACGUCAAACAGAUUACUUAAAAAGGAAACUUCAAAUCGAAACCUACUUACCGUUUUUCACCCCAGUCUUUCUCAAGCUAGACAUAGUUUUUCAUCUCUAUCUACUCAGUCCACUGACGAGUUGCAGCUUAAUAUCCGCCGAUUAUCAGAUCAAAUGCGUCAGGAGCCUUUGGAAAAGAUUGCACCAUUGUCUGCGAGCCAUUGCAAUGUGAAUAAGAACUCCAAACAUAAUUGCGAAGACGAUCAAGGGGAUAAUUCAAAUAAAGCGGCACUGGGACAAAGCUUUACGGAAGACUUUCUGACCAUAAAACAGAUCGCAAAAGAUUCAGCAAGCAAUAGCAAAACGCCCUUCACCAUUAACCUCAAGCCUGAUCCAUUACUAGAAACCACCUGUUAAAGCCCUUAUUUAAAGUGAACCACACAGCUCAACGUCGAUAUUACAAUGUCUAUUACAUUCAAAUUCAUAUAACAAAAAAAGAAAAAAACAAAAAAAAUACUGCACACACACACGAA